AGUAGUAAUCAAUAAAACAAUUUUAGAAGUGAUUGAUGGACUACUCGUAUUCACGGAAGAGGUGUCAAGUUGCCAAAAUCACCUCACCCGAUCCAGAGCCUAAAAUUCACAAUUUUCUCACCACAACAAAAGCAACAACAUCCAGAAGUACCGGUACAUCGUUGUGCUAGCUAGUAGUAGCCAAGGCAAAAAGUAAGUCAAGAUGAGCAGCUUUCUUCCAAUGCUUGGUUUCUUGUCCCGCAAGGACGUCCCUCAAGGCAUGGUUGACAAGUCCAUGGCUAUGGGUCUCCGCAGCAGUACUACCAGCACCAACGCCAAGGGCAAAAAGAAGUCUUCCAAGAGCAGCAGCAGUAGAAGACAGCGAAGCGGGUGUGGGAGUGACCGUCUUCGAAUGAGUGACCAAUCUACAAGAUCUAGAGUCAAGCGAUCCAAUCGUCAAAACAGUCUUAGACUCUCCACCAAUAGCAAUACCACCAGCAACAGCCACACCAACACCAACAAUGAUAGCUUUGGCGCUUCCUGCUCUGAUGCCCCUUUCGUGCGCACACUAUCCCUCGCCUCGGGGCAGCACAAGGGAGUCCAUUGAGUAACGAGUGACUCGACUCAGUCCAGUCAUGCUCAAGACUAUCCAAUCUUGAACGAAACCCAGACACGUGACAACACGUGACGAGGACAACCUUACCCACUUGCAAUUGACAACGUUACCGUACCAACUUGACGCUGGACUGCAGUCUGCAGACGAGGGCACACUUCAUUCAGCCGAAAGUACGGCAUUGAAUGCUCCAAUCGCCUACAGAAGCCUUCUAUCUUGCAACUGCUGGCUGAUGAUAUCAUCCCCCCUCACCGUACCGGUACCAAACGGCCGGCCAUCCCUGGCGGUAGAACAAAAUAGCCUACUAGUAAUAUACUGUAAUACAUUAUAGAGCAAAGCAAUCUAAGCAACUUUCUUUCAAAU